CUCUCUCCAAUAAUAAAUAAAUAAAUAAAUCAAAGUUCAGAUUAACUAAACAAAUCAUUAAAAAAUGCCCCAAAUCAGUCUCGUCUUGAAUUGUUUGAAGGAGUUUGAGAGAAAGGUCCUAGAGGCUUGUCCUCUGAUGCAGUCACCAUUGUGAAACCAUUUCCUCUGCUGCAGGUGAAGAUGCCGGAGAAAGGCGGGGGCAGGUGCUGAGCCUGCUGGCGGAGCAAGCCCUGCGUUGCCAUGACUACAAGGCAGCCAGCGCGCACUGUCUGGAGCUGAUGGCCACAGGCUAUUCUAAGAGCUGGGCCGUUUGCAGCCAGCUGGGGCAGUCAGAAAGCUACCAGGACCUGGCUACCCGGCAGGAGCUUAUGGCCUUUGCUUUGACACACUGCCCUCCUGGCAGCAUUGAACUCCUUUUGGCAGCCAGCAGCUCCCUGCAGACAGAAAUUCUUUAUCGCAGAGUAAACUUCCAGAUCCAUCCUGAAGGCGGGGAGGGCAUCAAUGUUCCACCGCUGACUGGGAGAGCUCUGCAAGAGGAUGAAGCAGGCGUUGCGGGCAGCAGCUCCUCCGACCUGCUGCGCUGGACCACCACGGCCACCAUGAAGGUCCUCUCUAACACCAGCACGACCACCAAGGCUGUUCUGCAGGCCGUCAGCGAGGGGCAGUGGUGGAAGAGGUCCCUGACUCUCCUCAGGCCCCUUCGGGUAAGCGGCCAUCUUGCUUCUCCCACUCAGUCAUGUGACCACAGAGCUCACUAGCCUGCUGCUCCCGGC